UUGGAAAGAGAGAAAAUGAGAGAGAUUGUACAUCUACAAGCUGGACAAUGCGGCAACCAAAUCGGAGCAAAGUUCUGGGAGGUGAUCAGUGAUGAACACGGUAUCGAUGCCACCGGGUCUUACCGUGGGGACAGCGACCUGCACCUGGAGCGGAUCGACGUGUAUUACAACGAGGCUUCAGGAGGCAAGUAUGUUCCUCGUGCAAUUCUGGUGGACUUGGAGCCUGGCACUAUGGACUCUGUGAGGUCUGGUCCUUUUGGUCAGCUGUUCAGACCUGACAGCUUUAUCUUUGGCCAGAGUGGAGCCGGUAAUAACUGGGCUAGAGGCCACUACACUGAGGGAGCUGAGCUGGUGGACUCUGUUCUGGAUGUGGUGAGAAAAGAGGCCGAGAGCUGCGACUGCCUCCAGGGCUUCCAGCUCACGCAYUCUCUGGGAGGAGGCACAGGUUCUGGCAUGGGUACGCUCCUCAUCAGCAAGAUCCGAGAGGAGUACCCGGAUCGCAUCAUGAGCACUUUCAGUGUUGUGCCCUCACCUAAGGUGUCGGACACGGUGGUGGAGCCCUACAAUGCCACGCUCUCUGUUCACCAGCUGGUGGAGAACACAGAUGARACCUUCUGCAUCGAUAACGAAGCCCUGUAUGACAUCUGCUUCCGUACUCUGAAACUCACCACACCCACCUACGGUGACCUCAACCACCUGGUCUCAGCCACCAUGAGCGGGGUGACCACCUGCCUGCGCUUCCCUGGCCAGCUGAACGCAGAUCUGAGGAAACUGGCUGUCAACAUGGUGCCCUUCCCCAGGCUGCACUUCUUCAUGCCAGGCUUCGCCCCCCUGACCAGCCGGGGCAGUCAGCAGUACCGGGCUCUGACAGUUCCUGAGCUCACCAUGCAGAUGUUUGACGCCAAGAACAUGAUGGCGGCGUGCGACCCACGCCACGGGCGCUACCUCACGGCCGCCGCCAUCUUCAGAGGACGCAUGUCCAUGAAGGAGGUGGACGAGCAGAUGCUGAACGUGCAGAACAAGAACAGCAGCUACUUCGUGGAGUGGAUCCCCAACAACGUCAAGACGGCCGUCUGUGACAUCGCUCCACGCGGUCUCAAGAUGGCCGCCACGUUCAUCGGCAACAGCACGGCCAUUCAGGAGCUGUUCAGACGCAUCUCGGAGCAGUUCACCGCCAUGUUCCGUCGCAAAGCCUUCCUCCACUGGUACACUGGUGAAGGCAUGGAAGAGAUGGAGUUCACCGAGGCUGAGAGCAACAUGAACGACCUGGUGUCAGAGUAUCAGCAGUACCAGGACGCCACCGCCGAGGAAGAGGGGGAGUUUGAUGAGGACCUGGGAGAGGAAGUAGCCUAAACAUGGGUGGAGCCAGGAUUGUGUGUGUGUGGGGGGGGGUGUUCUGUUCUUAGAAAAGUGGACUUUUUAAGAUGAGGCUCGUUUAAGGUGAUGGUGCAUUUAAAAGUGUUCGGAUAUACACGUUCUGCUAAAAUUUCUGUUUUGUGUAGUUUAGUAUUAAAAGGGCAACAGGAGGGGAAAAGGAGAAAAGUAUAAAGAUUUAAGGUUUGAUGAUAAAUAAAAUACCUAGCUGA